ACUGCAAUCAGGUCAACGAUGUCUGUUUCUCGUGGGACUAUCCCGCUCCGUCUGAGAAGCGAAUGUAUAGCCUGACCGACGACAAGUUUUCGAGGUGCGUGUCACACACAAUCCAUAUGUAUGCAGCAGACCGCAGGCAGGCCACUGCGCUGUUUGUGUGCAUGUGUGUCACGGACAGUAUAAUUCGGAACAUGGACGCGCCUGAGCGAGGCCUCGAGUGCGAGAGGCGCCAGGUGUUCUGCCCCGAAGACUACGACGGCGAGGGGGAGCUAACCUACCGGGGUCAGAAUCAGACUGCCGCAUGUCCGGGCCCCAAAAAGGAGAUACUUCGGUGUUGCCGCUCGUGGGACGCCUCGAACUUUGAGCACUUCUUCAUCGACGACACCACUGCUGCACCUGCAGAGGAGACAGACGAAGAGUGAGGGAGCCAAUGAAAGGCAUUCCUUCGUGCGUACGUACUUAUGCGUGCAUCUGUGUGCAGGGCCCUUCCUCUGAGCGAGGAUUGCUGUAGCAGUCCCAAACACGCCCCGGCCACCGUUACCAGCGUAUGUAUGUAUUGUAUGCACCCACGUAUAGUAUCCAGCGCCAGACCAGACAACGCAACGGGAGGGCAAGGCAAGUACCCGCCUGCCCUGCCUAUGUAGUGCUUGUCUGGUGUGUGACCAGCUCUGGGACGUUUGGCAGCUCCUCGCACAGGCAUGCACUCACUGCAGCCCAGCCACCUGACCUUGAUGUCGUGUUGUCUUGUUUGCUCGUCUGCUUGUUUGCUUCAGCUUCACUACGUCACUUUGCAGCGGACGGCGAAGUGGCACAAGUGGGAGACACCGCAUAUGCACUGGGGACAUCCGCAGGAGGGAGGUGUUGAGGAGCCGCCGCGUGUGAAGGCCAUGAACGAUUGGGUCAGGACGUGGUUGAAACAGUACUGGCCGGUUGUCAUGGAAGAGGUGAGUGACGUGACAGUCAUCCAGAAUGCUCCCUGCCUGCACGCGCCCUCAUGGCGGCCAUGAGCUUUGGAUGGGCAGAUGACCGUGUGGAGACGGAUUCAAGUGGCCACACGCAUACACAUACACGCGCACACCCAGCACAAGAAGUUCAUCGCGUAAGCAAGAAAGGGCCGAUGGAACGAAUCAGGUCGGGUGGCUGCGUCCCUCCCUGCCAUCCAUUUGUCGAUUGAUGCUCAGGCAGGUGUGCCGGUUCAUCGGGCAGGCCCGUCUGCCCGUCCCUUAUGACCACACCACCCGAAACCGCCUAGCGGCGCUGUACGUCCGCCCCGAUCUGUGGGAGGAGGACCCUUUAGCAGAUACUCUGAGACAGCGUGAGGCCUGCAUCAGUGUGCCCAAGACAUGGGAGAUCCAUGAGGCGACUGAGUGUGACGCCUUCGCAGCCCGCGAAGAACCCCGGGCCUCGGAGAAGACAGCGACUGAGGCAGGUAGCGAGGGGGAGAGACAAAGUGAGUCUGAGGAGGAGAGAGACAUUGAGACGGUGUGCGUGGAGCCCACGUGGGAGACACCGGUGUUAUUCGAUUUCCCAUCGUACGCCAACCAGCUAUGUGAGGGAGAACUGAGGGAUGCCUGAAUAAUUCAUGUAUGUGUCGCUUGCUGCUGACGAUGUACGGCACGUGUGCGUCUGCGGCCCAUGUGCCUUUGCAGGUGGUCCUCAUGGCGCGUGCAAGGCCUAUGACAUGUACAACUUCGAGUUUGCUGACUUGUUCUGGUUGAGUGGGCCUGCUGCUAUCUAUCGAUGCGCUGUCUGCUUACUCUGACUUGCCACAUGCAGGUGCCGAAGAGGGACGAGACGUCGGCGGCAUGGAAGAAGCUGUUCGACCGAAAGACCAAGGAGAAGUGCUGUGCGGUAGGCACGAGACAUGGAGGCACAAACGCACACAAACCCAACACAACACAUGCGCCUUUCCCUCACACGUGCGCGUGUGCAUUGACUGACUCAAUCAGGGCUAUGUGCCGAUGCGGCUCAUCGAGUUGUGGCGACUGGCUUCCAUCGGCUACUUCGAGACAGAGAAGCUGGGAGAAGAUGCCAUCAAUGAAGCCAAGAAGGUUGUCGAGGCUGCCUUGUUAAGGUUUCGCGUCUCUGCGGCGCUUCAGAAAGGUCUGGACAAAUGUAACAACACAGAUUGAUCCAUCGUGUGUCGCCGAGUGCGUGUCUUCACGUGUGUAUCAGGUCCUCUGCGUUUUGUGUGCAACUUUAUAUCCAACUACAUGGCCAACUCACUGCUGGAGGACGUCAAGGCGGAGGACGUCAAGGACGUCAGGGGAGAUUUUGUAGGCGACGCUGUAAAGAUCAAGAUCGGCCUAAAGCUGGUGCUGCAGCCAGACAUCGAGGACCUGGUGCUCGAAAAGCAAACGGGGGGGAAGUCGCUUCUUGAACUGGGCACAUGUAAGCGACUGACUGGAAGGGGAGCCACAUGCUACGAAAGAAUGUAUUGAUUGACGGGUGCGAAUGUGGGUGAAUAGGUGUGCCAGAGGACAUGCUUGCCGCCUACGAUGCUUCGUUCCCCACCUUCAAGCCUCCCUCCGAUGCCGACAAGAAGGCCCCUUGGCUCGACUUUGAAGGCCUUUUGCACAAGGCGUGUGGAAAAAAGUUCGGCGGCCAUGGGUAUGACGCUCCAUCCCAGGUAUGACAGAAAGGAGAAGGAGUGUGUCGAGGUGUGUCGAUGUGCCGAUAUGCGUGUGUGGUUGACUGCACUGCCACCGCUGGAUGAAACACGCACACACACGUCAGAUGUACAGACUAUACAAGCCCCACCACGCCGUGCCCGCCCACAAGGUGAACGGGCCACGCCCAACACUCAGUGUCACGGCUCCAGUAGCUUGAGGACACAUAUAGCAUGUGUGUCUCUCUCUCACGUACUCGUCUAGGACUUCGACAAGUGCCUUCCUGGCUAUUCCCACGUCACGUUACGUCAAGUCUGGUGCGUAUGUAGGCUCAAAGAAGGACCCUUCGGCGCGGUCAGCCAGCCUUCUUCUCUUCGCUUGUGUGCAGGGACUAUCUCAGCGCUCGGUUUCAUGUCGAACACGACAUCCUGAAGCCGAAAUGGCCUGCGGGAAAGCCAUCGCCAUCAAACAAGAAGGUGAGUGAUACCUGUUGCAUUGUACGCAAGAGACGAAAAAGUACAGAAGCAAGCUCCGUUGAUGGUGUCCGUCAGGGAGAGCCGGUCAAGUGGGAAGAUGUGACAUUUCACUCUCCGGAACUCAACAACAUUUAUGCGCUGACCUCUGCCGAGAUCGACAAGGCCUUCAGCGACAUGUAUGAGCUGGACCAAGCCAUGCACCACGUCGCAGUCUUGAGACUCACACAGACCCGCCGUCGCAUAUUUCUAUUGUACGUAUGCGUCGUGUCAGCACGCUCCGUUUCGCCACUUGUGUCUGCUGGUGAUGCGUGCGGUGAAGGACCUCCCGGACGGUCUGGUGGUCACAUUGCGGCCAGAAGACGUCACGCCGUACCUUUCAGACUCCUAUAAAGACCUGCUGGAAACGGGACACUGUGAGCAAUGCAGUACUGCAAUGCACUCCCGAGUACAUGCAUGUAGCCGUGCGUGAUGCGUGUCUCUUUUGGUGUCACAGGUUUGCCGCAUCGGUACAAAGAUCCAGGUGGGAGAGAGUGCCGAUAUCUGCGACUGGCUACCGUUCUUCUCGCGCAGAUAUUGUUAAGCGGAGGACCAAGAAUGUGAAAGCCCUCAAAACCAAUCCAUCCGACGUCACCAAGGCACUCAACGCAUAUAUCAUGAAGAAACUCGACCACCUAUGUGGCAAGCGCGACUUUGGUAAGGAAGCAAGCCGCGACACGCAGAAGCCAUUCCACUUUGCAUCUAUGGCUUGGACUUUUGUGCCUUCGUUGUGUGUGUGUUCCUUCUUGUCUGUGUGUGUGGGUGCAGAGUCACCCAAUAACCGCGGCAAUCGGGUCGAAACAUUCAUGCUGGUCGCCAUCAUGGCUGCACUGCUGCCGCUGCUCAGCACGUACAUCGGCGAUAGACGGAUAGACAAAUAGGUCUGCAGUGCGUGUGUGUGUUUGUGUCUCUGAGACAUGCAUCUUUGGCCGCAAGUAUUUGUGACAUGCGCCAGAUGUCCACAGGCAGGUUUUCAAUGAGGGAUAGCCACAGAGACGCCUAUGUAUGUCUGAGUGUCACGUUUGCCAGCUUGUCCAAUCAUCGAUGUGUAUCCGUCGCGCCGCGGGCGCUAUAGACACCUAGCUCCCUUGAUCACAUCCUCUACACACACGCUGCA